AUGAUGGCGACAGGGUUAAGCUGCUGCUGCAAACCCCUUGGAUCACUUAGCCGGAUUUGUCUAUUUUCUCUUCUACUUCUCUGUGUACAGUGUCACACAUGUAAACAUCAAGUGCCCUUGCCAUCCGAGAUCAUCCACAAAGUGUACCUGAAGCCAGAAAGAUUAACAAAACGAAGCACUGACCAGCAGCUAAACAUUAAACUUAUUUAUGACUCCAGCUUGGAUGCGUUAGAUGAGGAUAAAAGCAGUCUUGUGAAGGACAAGCUCUUCCCACAAGCCAUCGACUAUCUCCAGAAGGCAUUUCAAGUCCGUAUGAAAGCAGGCCCUGUGUUACUAAGCAGACAGUGUGCGACAAACCAGUACCUGAGGAAGAAAGAUGACCCUCAUCGAUAUUGUCAAGGAGCUUGUGCUGAAAUCACGAGAUGUGGACCAGUUAUUGUGCCUGAGCACCAUCUGCAGCAAUGCAGAGUAUGCAGCGAGACAGGGAAGUCAUGCGGCCCGGUGGGACCCCCCGAUGGGGAGGGGAUAGAGGAUACUGACUUUGUGCUGUAUGUGAGUGGAGUGACCACAGAGCGCUGUGGACAGGAGAACAUUGUUGCCUAUGCAGCCUACUGCCAGCUGGAGUCCAAGCUUGACAGGCCCAUCGCGGGAUACGCCAAUCUGUGUCCAAAUAUGAUUUCUACCCAACCUCAGGAGUUUGAAGGCAUGCUAUCCACUGUCAAACACGAGAUUAUACAUGCCCUGGGUUUUUCAGCAGGGCUCUUCGCUUUUUACCAUGACGACAAUGGGAAACCACUCACGCCACGUUUCGCCAGCGGAUUGCCAGCUUUCAAUGAGAGCCUAGGCCUGUAUCAGUGGAGUGAUAAGGUGAUCCGGAGAGCGGCCCGGCUGUGGGACAUCCGAGGGGGUCAAAUGAUCAGACACGACGUCAGUCUCCUGGUCACCCCGCGGGUUGUGGAGGAAGCAAGGAGACAUUUCAGCUGUCCCAUCCUGGAGGGUAUGGAGCUGGAGAACCAGGGAGGGGUGGGCACGGAGCUCAACCACUGGGAGAAACGGUUGUUAGAGAAUGAAGCUAUGACGGGUUCCCACACACAGAAUAGAGUGUUUUCCAGGAUAACUUUGGCUAUAAUGGAAGACACCGGGUGGUACAGAGCCAACUACACCAUGGCUGAGAAGCUGGAAUGGGGCAAGGGUUUGGGCUGCGACUUCGUGAUGAAAAGCUGCAAAUUUUGGAUUGACCAGCAGAGGCAGAGUAGGCCAACACUGACCCCGUACUGUGACUCUGUGAGGACCACGCCCCUCCAGCUCACCUGCAGGCAGGACCAGCUGGCAGUGGCCGUGUGUAACCUACAGAAAUACCCUCAGGCCCUCCCACUGGAGUACCAGUACUUUGACAAUAUUCCCGGCAUACCCGCCGAGGACUUACCCGCGUAUGGAGGCGCGGUGGAGAUCGCCGAUUUCUGCCCUUUCAGUCAAGAGUUCAGCUGGCACCUGAGCGGGGAGUACCAGCGCAGCUCCUACUGCAGGGUGCAGGAGAACCAGCCAGACUCAGAGAGGAACUACGGUGCUGAGCAGUAUGGCCCACAGUCGGUGUGUCUGUACCAGAGGUCAGCCUUUGUCAUGGAGCAGUGCACCAGGCGUAUGACCUACCCUGACUGGGGCAGUGGAUGCUACAGGGUGUCCUGUUCAGCCCAGGGUCUGGUGGUGUGGGUGCUGGACCAGUCCUUCCUGUGUGUGCGAACUGGCCAGUUGCUCAGCGUGAACGUGCGUCUGAACCAGUGGGUGUACAGCGGGGUACUGGUCUGCCCGUCGUGCUCCGACUUCUGCACUGGCUGUCCCCUCCCUCACCAGCUCCCACCAGUCAACACGACCAAGAGCACCCGCAUCGAUCCUUGUUCCAGUUCUUCGGGCUUGGUGGUGACGUUGUGGUGUCUGCUAUGUAACCUCAUUCCGGUCCUGGUUGGCUUUCUCCUGUGUGUGAGGAACUGA